CAAAAUAGCACCCAAUAUAUCCAAAAUUGUGCCUGAUAUACCGCUUCAAUGGGAGUUCCGAAAAGAAGCCCCGACUCCAACAACACCUUUGCCAGCACUACUGAGUACUGUCUACUGACGUCGUCGCAGUCGAACCACAAUUUACCAACCCACCGCCGACGCAGCUCCUUCAUAUCUCGAGUGGCGUCGGAGGUUCCAACCACUUUCCACUCAGUCCCACGGUUAAACUCUCUUCCAAGUUUUCAAUACCAUGAGAGGCUAGGGGCAAUUUAACUGGCCCAUUGCCUCAUUAGGAAGAAGAUCUUCCUUUCGGGCACUUCGGCGAGUCUCAAGGUCGCAGAGACGCUAGAAACCCUAAGUCCCGCCCUCCGCACCCGCCUCAAGCCGCCUGCCGCCGCCGCUUGCCAGUGUGCUUCUCUUCUUAGCUUCUGGGAGUUCUGACUGCCUUCUGCUAAUCGCCCCAGGCAGCAACGCAGCAGGUAAGCCAUAUCUCUAAAGUGUCUAUUCUUUGAUUUUUUAAUUUGUUUUAAUUUAAGUAGUUAAUAGCUUCAAAUCUUGUUUCUUGAAUAUUCUGAUUGAGUAAUUGACAGUUUUAUUAAAACGAAUUUGUAAGAAUGUAAAUUGUUAAUGAUUUGUGACAUGAUUUCAUUUGCGAAAUUGAAAUUUAGGAUUGUCAAUUUCUUAACAAAUUAAUAUGAAUUGUCUGAUACAAAAUAAUAUAUUGAUUAUUUUAUUAAUUUUUUUCAAUUUAAUUAGUAUGGCUACCCAAUCUACUACUAAAAAGGAAAAAAGGGGGAAAAAACUACCUUCUUUCUUUAAGCCUAUUACUACAAGUAUAGAAAAAUAGACGAGUUUGAUAAGGUAAAGGACUAAAGGAAUGAAGAAGGUCGUGCUCCCUUAACAUUUUAGUUUCAUAUAUAUAAUAUGUACUUUAAAAUAUUGUAAUGAAUUUUAAUAGAUUUUAAUCAUUAUGUUUAAAUUUAUUAGUGAUUUUAGUUUAUAACUGCCCCUGAACCUCCCUCCUGGCUAUGCCCCUGGUUUGAACAUUUCAGGCGUUCUCUUAAUUCUCUGCAAUCACCAUUUUGCAUCAAUGGAAACCACAAAUUAAAUUUGAACAUAGCCUUUACUGUAACUUAAAUUUGAACGGAAGUCCACAAAACAUCAUUUUUUUUCUCUCCGCGCUCUUGAAAAUUUGGUGCACAAUAUAUAGCUUUCCCCAGGGCAAACUGUAGAUGUCAAUGUUGCCGAAGUUUUUGUGUAGAAGCAGAAACAGGCGACUUUACAGCACUUAUCUCUCCCCAUCCUCCAAAGAAUCUGAAAUCGUCCAGCUUUGCGAUUCAGGCCAUAUCUCCAAAGCUGUAAAGCUCCUCAAUUCUCUCAUCUGGGAAGACGUAAUAACUGUGAAACCAGCCCUAUAUGCCACACUUGUACGAGGGUGCAGGAAAAGCAAUUCUUUCAACCUCGGUCUCCAGUUGCAGGCCCAUGUGACUAAGGCUGGCCUUGAUACUGACCGGUUUGUUGGCAACAACCUCCUUUCGUUUUAUUUCAAGCUGGGAAGAAAUUUCUCUGAAACCCGACGUCUCUUCGAUGGGUUAGUCUACAAAGAUGUUGUUUCUUGGUGCUCUAUCAUAUCGGGUUAUAUUCGUGUGGGUAAGCCCAAACUUGCGCUUGUGCUGUAUGAGAAAAUGGUAGGUCAUGAGGUUGAGCAGAGUGCAUUUACUGUAUCUACUGCAAUCAAGGCGUGCUCGGAGCUUCGGGAGUUGAGACUUGGUAUGUGUUUUCAUGGGGUUGUGAUAACCCGUGGUUUUGAUGAUAGUGGUGUUAUUGUUAGUGGAUUGAUCGAUAUGUACGGGAAGAAUUAUAAACCUGAUGAUGCACUAAAGCUGUUCGAUGAAAUGCCAUCUCUUGAUGAUAUUUGUUGGACCUCAGUAAUUUCAGCUCUUACUAAAAACAAUUUGUUUAGGAAAGCUUUGGAAAUCUUCCAUUCGGAACAUAGGAAACACAAGUUGCUUCCAGGUGCCCAUACUUUUGGAAGUGUUUUGACAGCUGUGGGGAAUUUAGGUAAGUUGAAGGAAGGAAAACAAGUGCAUGCAAAGGUUGUUUCUCAUGGGAUACGUGGUGAUAUAUUCGUUGAUAGUUCUUUAGUGGAUAUGUAUGCCAAAUGUGGGCUUAUGAACGAGUCUCGUCGGGUUUUUGACAGUAUGGGUAAAAGAAAUUCAGUUUCUUGGUGUGCUUUGCUAACCGGCUAUUGCCAUACGGGUGAUUAUGAUACAGUUAUCGAGUUAUUUAAGAUGAUGGAUGGGGUUGAACUUUACAGUUUUGGAACCGUUAUUCGUGCCUGUUCAGGAUUGGCCGCUUUGAAACCAGGGAAGGAAGUUCAUUGCCAGUUUUUAAGGCAAGGUGGAUUCAGGGACGUAGUAAUUGAAUCUGCACUAGUCGAUCUUUAUGCAAGAUGUGGAUGUUUUGAUGCUGCCCAUAGCGUAUUUGCCAGAAUGGAUGUCAGGAAUCUGGUUUCUUGGAACUCUAUGAUAUCUGGGUUUGCACAGAACGGCAGAGGAGGCGAAGCUAUUAAAAUUUUCGACAAGAUGAUUGGUGAAGGUUUCAAGCCUGAUUAUAUAACCUUUGUUUCCGUUCUAUCUGCUUGUAGUCACAGUGGUUUUGUAGACAUGGGACGUAAAUAUUUCAAUUCCAUGACACAUGAUUACGGAAUUAAAGCCGGGCUUGAGCAUUAUGGCUGCAUGGUUGAUCUUCUAUGUCGGGCCGGGGAGCUCGAAGAAGCAGAGUGUUUGAUUAACAGUUCAGACUUCAAAAGUGAUCCUUCUCUUUGGAUUUGCCUGCUUGGAGCUUGUAGCAGCACUACAGAUCCAGCCCUUGCAGAGCGAAUAUCAAAGAGAACAAUUGAAUUGAAACCCGAUUAUCAUAUGAGUUAUGUGUAUUUGGGUAAAGUGUACAAAGCAAUUGGACGGUGGGAUGAUGCUCUCAAGGUUUGGUGGGCGAUGCGACAGAAGAAGGUGGAAAAGAUUCCUGGAAAGAGCUGGGUUGAAUCUAACAAAAACCUAGGUCCCUUUUCUCACAUUUUUGUCGCAGAAAAUAACUCAGAGGUUCUAAAUGAAAGGGCCUAGAAAAUGGGAUUGCUAUUGGCAAUUGUUGAAACAGAUGUUAAAUCUCAAGAGAUUUGCACGACCGCUUGUCCACAGAAGUGCUAGAGAUGUGUGUUCACUGUGAGUUCAGGGGAUAAGGGGAUUCGAUCCAGAGGAAAAGACCGAGUUAUCAAAGUCUCCAUAUUACAUAUUAGGUUUUUUGGGCCAUUUGUGAUUCCAGACAUGAAGCUAGAAAUUCUGAAGCAAGUUCUUGCCUCAGACAAUUAUAAAGACUGUUCAAGGUCUCAGCCUUCAAUUACUGCCCUGCCAUAAUAACAAAACCCCCAUAGAAAGCUGACUGAAACUGACUUCUGUGAACUCAAGGCAGCUGUCUAUAGAAACCAAAGGGAAGCUUUCCCAGUAUGAAUCUUUUGAGGAGCUAGAUCCAACACUCUUCAUUGCAAAACAUUUUUAGCUUAUGUGGGUAGCAGCUCAAGAAAAAGCUGUUGAAGGAGAGGGAACUCUAGUGAUACUUAUAUGUGCAUGACAUCAAGACAUGCCCGCUGUUCUCUGUCAUGUUUGUGUUCAAGCGAGGAGCAACAAGGAAUGUACUAUCUGAUGCCAUGAGGUUUGCAGUCUAUACUUCUGCCUUCGGUAAUUCGAGGAGAAGCGAUAGCUGGUGGCUGGUGGGGGGUGAUGAGAAACCAAAACGGCAUAUGGUGUGAACUUUAUAGUUUAGAAGCAUGAGAUGCAUGUAUUGAUAUAUUAACUUCUACUUAUAAUGUUAGUCUAGUAAGCUACAUUUAUGUGUUUAUAGUAGUCGCCAGAUCAAUUAGGACUCGCUGGUUCAAUUAUAAUCUCAUCAAAUAUGUCUCUCUUAUUUGUUUGUUCAGACACAGGCUUGAGUCCUAGUGGUGCAAAUUGAGCGAGUCGAGCUCGAGUUCAGCUUAAAUCGAGUUGGG